AUGCCGGGCUUCAACGCAAAUCAGCCUGUUAAUGUUGUGCCUCCGUCCGCGGAGGAGCUGGAGAGGCGGAGAAUGGUCGGCAUCAACGCCGAAACCGUCACCGCCGUAACCUCGACCGACUUCCCGCACCACUACCCCUACGAAGACCACUCCUGGAACCUCUCCAAAUUCGCCGACAACCUGAAAAUCCAAUUCCACACCAACGCGCAACAUGAUGCAUCAUUCUCCCUCAUCGGUGUCGACGCCUCCAUCGCCAACGCCUUCCGCCGCAUCCUGAUCGCCGAGAUCCCCACCCUCGCCAUCGAAACCGCCUACGUCUUCAACAACACCUCCGUGAUCCAAGACGAGGUCCUCGCCGCGCGGCUGGGGCUCGUCCCGCUGAAAGGCAGCAAAGCCGGGCUGAACUGGCUGCGCUGGUACAAGAAGCCGACGGAAGAUGAGCCUGAGGCGUCCGUACCCAGUGACUACAACACCGUCGUGCUAGGCCUAGAUGUCGAGUGCACCUGGCAUGAGAAAGGCAAGGAGCGCGCCAAGCGCGGCGAGACGGAUCCGAAGCGGCUGUAUGUCAACUCGAGCGUCUAUGCGCACCAACUGGAGUUCCAGCCUACGGGCCAGCAGGUGCAGUAUUUCAAGGACGAGCCGAUUGUGCCGGUGAACCCGGAUAUCUUGCUCGCGAAGAUGCGGCCGGGCCAGGAGAUCAAGAUCGAGAUGCAUUGCGUUAAGGGAUUGGGAGGUGAUCAUGCGAAGUUCUCGCCUGUGGCGACGGCGUCGUAUCGGCUGUUGCCUACCAUCAAUAUCACCUCGCCGAUAGUUGGGGCUGACGCGAGGAAGUUCGCGCGCUGCUUUCCGAAGGGUGUGAUCGGGCUUGAGCCUGUCACAGCUGAGGAAGCGAGCACAGCCAACAGCGGAUACGAAGGCCAUGAGGGAGAGGUCAAAGCGGUAGUGAAGGAUCCUAUGAAGGACACAGUCUCGCGAGAGUGCCUCAGACACGAGGAGUUCAAGAACAAAGUCAAGCUGGGACGAGUAAGGGAUCACUUCAUCUUCAGGAUUGAGAGUACAGGACAGUGGGAUAGCGAUGAGCUGUUCCUGGAGAGUGUCAAGGUGCUGAAGCUGAAAUGCCAGAGGAUGAGGAGAGGACUGGAUGAGAUCAUGAGGUAG